AGUGUUGAAAACAUCGCUAGCCACGGCAGUCAUCCAAAUACCUGCGUAAACGCUGAAGGAGCUGCAAUAUGUCUGAACGUAAAGUGCUGAAUAAGUACUUCCCCCCGGACUUUGACCCGUCGAAAAUCCCACGACGAAAACUUCCAAAGGACCAGCAACACAAAGUUCGGUUAAUGACACCAUUUUCUAUGCGUUGCAACAUGUGUGGAGAGUACGUGUACAAGGGCAAAAAAUUCAACGCCAGAAAAGAACGAGUCGAUGGGGAACACUAUUUGGGCAUUCAGGUCUUUCGCUUCUACAUUAAAUGUCCACGAUGCUCCGGGGAGAUUACGUUCAAAACAGAUCCCAAGAAUGCAGAUUACGUGGCGGAACACGGUGCGCAACGGAACUUUGAACCAUGGCGAGAUGAUGCUGCGGUCUUGGAGGACCGUAAAACCGAACGAGCAGAAGCAGAAGAGAAUAAUCCUAUGAAAGCAUUGGAAAAUCGAACACUGGAUUCCAAAAGAGAGAUGGAUAUCUUGGAUGCGCUUGACGAAAUACGAAUGCGAAACGCGAAAAACGAGCGGGUAGAUGCAGAUAACGUUCUGGAACAAAUCAUACUGCUGGGAGAGGAAGAAAGAGAGCGAUCAAAGAGAGAGCAGGAGGAAGAAGAUGAUCGGAUAGCUAAGAGUAUAUUUCAAAGUGUUGAUGGGGAAAACGUAAAGAGGAUCCUGGAUGAUGUGGAUGGGGAGGAGAUAGCAGUGAAACUCCUGUCUGAUGCUGUGGCGACUGGAAAUGACAACUUUCUGAGUACAGGGCCAAAACGAAAGAUAAAUAGUUUCGAUCUCGGCGUUGUUGUCAAACGGAAGAAGGCAGAGGAUGCAAAGCCGCCAACAAAGGCGGAUACAUCUAGUAGUACUGCCUCUCGUACGCAUGAUCCACCACCGCCCGGAACGUCCGCACUAGAUCUUCUCGGUGGGGCUUACAGCGAUUCGGAGGAUUCUUCGUAAUGAUACUCUAAUUUGCACUGAGCCGAGAAUACUCAAUGCAUCAGUGAUUUACAGAGAUUUGGGAGUGUAUGUACAGAGCUUGGGCGGUCUACGUAUAUUUUAUUUUCACAAUUAUUCUGAGUGUUGACGCGCAAAGUCCUGCAUGUAAGUUAUCAAGGCAUCUACUCCUUUCUGUGACAUGGCAUUAUAUAGCGACGCUCGAAUACCACCAA